AUGACCUAUUCAGCGCCCGCAUCCAACCCCGCGACCUCCGCGAAGCCUAAAAUCAAGAACAUCCCCAACCCACGCCGCCUCUUAAUACUCACACCAACCACUCAAUCCCUCGCAAUAAUCCCCCCACUCCUGCACUCCCUAACUGGUGUCCCCGUCGUCGACCCGCCACAACAGCCAGCCCCUUCACCAACAUCUAGCUCAACACCCCCACCACCAACAAGCACCUUCGCCGGCUACACAACCCACAGCCCUCUCCGCCUCGAAACAAAAUACUACACAACCGAAGUCCCCGUGUGGGUCGAUGAGAUCCCACUCGCGAUCCACGGCCUAGACACACAAAGCACUCCCGCGCCAGCACCGACAGCCGAGCAAUGGAAAACGGAAUUUCUAAGCACAGAAGCCGAGAUCGUGCGCGAGGCUGUUGGGGCUCUGGUUGUGUGCGCGCAUACUCCUAGCGAUGCGACACCUCCACCAGGAUCCAAUGCAGACGCAGACCCCGCGGAGCGGCCCGAUGUGCGCGCACUGCUUGACCUGAUGCGCGGUAUUGGCGCUGUCAAAGAGCGCAUUGACGAGGAGCGCGGCGGGCUCGGUGAUGUUCCUGGUGUAUUUGUUUUGAUUGGAAGUCGGAAGGGUGCUGUGGGUACCGCUGCGGGUCAGCAGGGACCCAAGGACCCCGAUCCGGAGCUGAGGCUUGGUAUUGAUGAUGAGGAUCUAGGUGGUGGUGAGACAGUGCCAUUUUCGGUUGGGUGGUGGGAGGAUCAGUUUUUCGAUAUGGGGUUGUUGGGGUGGGAGGUUGUUGAGUGGGAUCCUAAGGAGGGUUUGGAGGUUGAGACGAGGAAUCAGUAUGGGGAACGUGAGGGUAUGCCUCGUAUUAAAGAGGUCCUCGAGACUCAUGACUGGUCUAUGGUUGGAGGUGACUCUGGUCUUGACGGAGACAAUGACCCUGGCGUGGAUUCUGAGGAUGAUCUUCAAGACCAACUAUUAGGUCUGGAUGGCUCUCGUGGGUUUGGCGAUGAAGUCCAUGAAUUGGAGCGUGAAAUGUUCGGUUUGCGUAUGGCAAUUGAACGUGGAGGUGGCGAUGGUGAUGAGAGAGAUCACUCUGACCAUGAUGAUGGAGAGGAUGAGAUCGAUGUCGAGAGCAUGGAGGCAUUGAUGAUGCGCAUGCAGACAAUAAAAGAUAUGAGCUCCGAGCUGCCGGAGGGCGAACGGAAGCGAUUUGCUGCGAAGGCCGUGCAGGAUAUUAUGCGAGAUCUAUAA